UAAAAACUUUUGCUAAGCGGACGCAUAUUUGCAGAGUUUUACGCCGGAAAGCGGGGAAAAUGACGGAAGGCGACACAGAGCAAAAAAUCUCCAAGCGGAGUAUCAAGUCACCUUUUGGAAUGCGCCUGCCGACAAUUAACCGCUUCUCGGUGGCGGUCAUCAAAGCCAUUAAUGCCAAACAUGGCGACGAAUUUGCCAAAGAUUCUCCCUUGCACACCGCCAUUCGGAUUGGCAAUAUACCUUUAUUAUUGAAGCUCUUGGAACAGCCCGAGUACCGCGCCUGCGUUGACGUCCGUGGCGAUUAUGGGGAAACACCGCUGCACCUGGCUUCCGCCCUCGACAACCUGCAGGCAGUUAAGAUUCUUCUCAAGUGCGGCGCCGAUCUGCGCGUACGCCGCCGCUGCUUUCACGAGCUAAAUGCCGUGCAUGUGGCCGCCGCCGACGGUAGCGAGAAUGUCCUCCAGUACUUCCUGUCCGAAUUUCCCGCCUCGAGCGGAUGUGAUCUUCAGGCGUUGGUGGAAUUCCGCGACACCGAAGGCUCCACGCCGUUGCACUGGGCCGUGCAGUGUCGGCGUUUCAAGUGCAUUGCGCAGUUAUUGGAGCAUAAUGCACCGGUUGACAAGCCACAAACAACGAGCUUUCAGGCAACUCCCGUACAUUUAGCCUGCUAUCAGGGCCUUCUCACUGUAAUGGAGAUUAUGAAAGAAAAACAACCCGAAGCUUUUCUCAGAGCGCUGGCAAUGGGUGACGACGAAGGCUUAAAGGUCAUCCAUCGUGCGGCCCUCAUCAACUCUUCCGUCAUGAUCAAGUUCCUUAUAAAAAAUGGUGCGGAUCCCAAUGCAACUGACUCUCAAGGUCGAACUGCCGUGACCUUAGCUUCGUCCACAGAAGCCUGGGCGGCACUGCGCGCUUUAGUGGAGCACGGAGCCAAUCCCUUCCUUCCGGAUCCAAAUGGACGAACUAGUCUACAUGCGUCCGCCAUAUUCGGGACGCUCCCGGCCCAAGCCGAUACGUUCAAUGAGGAAUUUAGAGCUGACCUUAGAGAAGCCAUCGAUAUGCCGGACAAUUUUGGCUGCACAGCGCUGCAUUACGCCGCUAUUUACGGUAACGUGGAAGCCUUCGAAAGGCUGGUUAAAAUGGGAGCGGAUGUGUAUAUCAAAACGCAUGCCCUGAAGACUAUCCUACAUUUCGCGGCGGAAUGCGGUUCAUGUACACUGAUUAAAAAGUUGUUCGAACGGGAAGAUGUCAGUGUUAUGAUCAACGAUCUUGAUAAGGACGGUUUAACACCGAUUUGCUACGCUGCAAACAACGGCAGUCAUGAAGUGGUACAGCUGCUGCUAUCGAAAGGUGCUUUAAUUUUUCGUGAGAGCAAUGGUCAAACGCCUCUCCACAAAGCCGCAGCACAAGGAUAUACUGAUGUCUGCGCAACUAUUUUACGUCAGUAUCCCAAGAUCAUCGAUUACGCCGACGUGGAAGGUGAUACGGCGCUCCAUUUAGCCUCACUGAAAAAUCAUCCCAGUACAACAUCCUGCCUGUUGGCGCACGGCGCCAUACUAACCGUUAACCGCAAAGGACGGACACCUUUGGACCUGAGCAUUGCUGAAAAACAGCAUUGUGUGACGGCCGCCUUCAUCAAUGACGUCAGAUGGCACACGUUUCUCACGACGCCGUCAUUUGUCUACGGCUCGGUGUCACUGGGAUUAGUGCGACAUGCGCCCCAUCUAAUGAAGAUCGUUUUGGACCGAUGUAUUCAGCCAUCUGUAGCAGAGUCUGCCUUGGACUGCGAGUUUCAUAUUACGUACGACUUCAGUGUGUUGGAAGGUAUAGAAAUACAAAAGUUGGGAAAGCGGCAUCAUGAACCUCCAAAACUGCUGAAAGAAAUCUCCCGACUGAACCGAUCUGUUCUUAUCACUCAUCCCCUCACACGUGCUUUACUGGAACAAAAAUGGAAAAUGUACGGAAUGUACUUCCAUACAUCAUUCACGAUUAUGUAUUGUGUUUUCCUGUCAUUGUUAACGUACAUGGUGGUACAAGGCGUCUUCGUUGAUCUUAUCCCUCAUUUGAUACGACAGUCCUAUGACAAUAUGCUGAUGUACAAACCCGAUUUGGUACCUAAGGCUGGCUUUUCCCGAUUGCUCAACGGGACAAUAAACGGACGUUACUUUGGAAAGAUUGACCACUUCAAGGAUUACGCCUGCGUGGCAUUUAUUUUGGUGUUCUUGAGUAUGCUGCUCAUUAAAGAGUCUAUGGAGUUCUUCACCAAGGGAUACCGCUAUUUUCUGGACAUCGUCAAUUAUCUGGAAUUGUCCAUGUGCUCGUGCUGUAUCGCAUACAUCACGCUGUAUCUCAUGCAAUGCGAUCCCGACAAGGUUCACGACAUUACACCGUGGCCAGUUGGCUCCUUAACCAUAUUCUUGGCGUGGUUCAAUCUCCUCCGCUAUUUCCAACCGUACGGUGGAGUGGGAAUCUAUGCAGUUAUGUUUUUUGCUGUGCUCAAAACACUGAUGCUGGUCUCGCUCUUCUUCUUCAUUCUGACUGCUGCUUUCACCGUCACCUUCUUUGAACUGAUGCCCGUGCUGAUAUUUCCCAAUAGUUCGCAGUUCUACGACGUCCAGCAAGACGAUGACCUGCAAGCCAAAAAUUUGCUGACGUCUCAUAUAACGUUGUACACAUCCGCUCUUCGCAUCGGCGCCAUGACCAUCGGCGAUGUGGAUACCAUACAAAAUUAUAUUCAACCAAUGCUGAUGGGAAAGUUACCAUUUCCUGCCAUGACCUUCGUCGUUUUGGUGGUGUUUUUCCUCAUGAUGCCCAUCCUGCUUCAAAACUUAUUGACCGGUUUGGCCGUCGGUGACAUCAGCGCCACAUUGUCCAAUGCCAGCUGCCUGCGCCUUCAGAACCAAAUCGAUCUCCACUUGCUCAUCGAACGCUUGCUGCCCGACAAAUAUGAAUUGUUCUUCCGCAAGCACCUUCAGACAUACAGGUUUUAUCCGAAUCUCGGCGUUUCGUGGUGGGAGCAGAUCACACGCGCCCUUGCUGGAGGAACUAAACGUCAAGUCAUUGUUGGCACAAUCGAUGAAAUUGACGAAGAUUUUACUGGGAAGCUCCAGAAAGUAGAAUUCAAAAAGCUGAAAAACGAGGUAACGCGAUUAUGUGACGUAAUCGACCGGCAACAGCAUGUUCUAUCAAAUCUGCUGGAGACUGUCACCCGUGCGCAGUGUGCUAACAGCAUGACGCAUCCAUCCGAUCGCGACAACCCGACGACGAAUCCGAAGGAAUCAAGCGACGACACUGCCUCCGUUCCCAGCAAUACCAGCUUCUACAUAUCCCCCAAUCCGCCUGUCUGUGUCAACGAGAUGAACAAGAAAUUGUCCUCAGAGAACUUGGAAAGUUUUCUGUAAUGCGCAGUGUGAAUACCCCUGAACGUACAAAAUUUGUACUUGAUUAUUGUUGCAUACUGUACUUUAUUGUUAGCACUACUUAAUCAGAUUUAAUCAACUUUUUGUCUCAACCGCUUGGAAAUGCUCCUGUUGUCCAGGCAUUUCUAUGAAAUGUGAUAUAACGAUUUCUCAUAAAAUAGUCCAAGAGACAAUAAGCACAUUAUAAUAAUUAUGUGACUCGUUUAUGUAUAGUCUAUAUAUUUUCGG